UUUCGGUGUGUGUCUCUUCUAUAUAUAGGUACUCAUACAUAUCUUCGCAUAAUCGGAAUCGUUUUGUUUGGGGUUAGAUUUUAGCUACAGUCUACCCAUUAUGACUGACGGAAAUAUCGAGACUACCUUCCAAGCAUCCAUCGAUGCCGGCAAGAUCCAUGGUGCUAUAAUAUGCGCUACCGAUGCCGAAGGCCACUUCACCUUCGAAAAGACAAUAGGAGAGCGUACAUUGCUAUCUGGCGAGAAGCGACCUCACAAGCUUGACGACGUGUUAUUCCUCGCCUCAGCCAGUAAGCUGCUUACUUCCAUCGCCGCUUUGCAGUGUGUCGAGGAUGGGCUCCUAUCACUUACCGGUGACCUUUCACCCGUCGCGCCCGAUCUUGCCGCAAAACGGGUCCUCACCGGGUUCUCUGAAGAUGGCGAAACGCCUCUGCUUGAACCACAGACCCGCCCUAUCACACUUGAGAUGUUACUAACCCACAGCUCCGGUCUCGUCUACCAUUUCCUCAAUCCCCUCAUCGCUCGCUGGCGCGAGAAAUCCCGCGCGGAGACCAAAGUUUCCGACGAAGGCGGCAAGAAGACGGUCGAAGAGCUAUUCGAUUACCCAUUAGGCUUCCAACCUGGUUCCGGCUGGUUAUACGGGCCGGGGCUCGACUGGGCUGGUCGCAUUGUGGAGCGUGUGACUGGCAAGACGCUACUUGAACGUAUGCAGGAGCGCAUAUUUAGCCCACUCGGGAUUUCAGACGCCCAGUUCUACCCAGUGACUCGAGAGGACCUACGUGCACGCCUUGUCGAUUUAAAUCCCGAUGACCCAGAGGCUCUUGGUCGCGCCGUGCUAGGCGGCGGCGGCGAUAUGAACAAGAGCGCCAAGGGCGACUUUGGAGGUCACGGUUUAUUCAUGACAGCUCCAGACUACGUCAAAGUACUUCACUCGCUAUUAGCUAAUGACGGGAAGAUCCUUAAACCAGAGACAGUUAACGACAUGUUUGAACACCAUCUUAGCCCGGAAGCUACCGAAAGCCAUCGAGCGGCACUAGUCAGCCCCAUGGGCGUUUUCUUUCGCGUCGGCACCGCAGUCGAUGCAGUGUCGGGACACGGGCUGGGCGGUCUGCUCACAUUGCAAGACGUCGACGGUUGGUAUGGCGACCAUACCCUCACCUGGGGAGGCGGUUUGACCUUUGCCUGGUUCAUUGAUCGUAAGAACAACCUGUGCGGUGUCGGCGCUAUCCAGGGUACGGUUACCGUAGAUGCUGAUGCUGUCGAAUCGCUUAAGCAAACUUUCCGCCAUGAUAUCUACCGCAAACGCGCCGCUUGGAAGAAGGAGCAGGCAUCGUGAUAUAAAUACUCCAUCCUUUCUCUCGAUCGGUGUAUAAUCAAGUCUUAUAUAUUUAAUUAGUACUGC